CAAUGUCGCCGGUCGUCACAAGAGGGCGCUCGCACAAAGGGCUGGCUGCCGCUGGCCCGGUGAGCAACUUCAGAGAGGAGGCCACUCACUAACGUUAGCCUCUUUAGCUAGUGGCUAGCUCGGCGGCUAACGAGCGAAGCAAAACAACAGUUUGUCUUCAUGCCGCCGGUCCCGUUCGGGCCAUGGCGGAAACACGCUGUUCGCAGCUCGAAUGCGAACUAUAUUACCUCAUCGCCAGGUUUCUGCAAUCUGGCCCUUGUCAAAAAUCAGCAAAGAUUCUGGUCGAGGAGCUGGAGGAGUAUGAGUUGAUUCCACAACGAUGGACGUGGGACGGAAAUAAAUAUAAACGGACCUUCCAAGAUUGGAUGAUUUUGAAUGAGCACAUUCCCGCGGACUAUAUGCUGCGUGUAUGCAAGCGAAUCGGCCCACUUAUAGAGAAGGAGAUCCCAUCCAGUGUUUCCGGAGUCCAAACACUCCUCGGCUUGGGUAGACAGUCGUUGCUUCGAACUACCAAAAGCUGUAGUCAUAAAGUAUGCAGCGGCUCAGCUGUUGCUGCCCUCCACAGAGGACGUCCACCAGAACCUCCAGUAAACAAUGGAUUUUCCACCAAUGUUGUAUCCAUCAUGGGUGCUCGGCAGACCACUGGCACAGUUCGUUUUGGCCAGGCAGUGCCAUCUUCGACCUACCAGCACAUGAAGAUACACAAGCGUAUCCUGGGCCACCUUUCCGCAGUCUACUGUGUAGCAUUUGACCGGACCGGCCGACGAAUAUUUACAGGUUCAGAUGACUGUCUUGUGAAAAUCUGGGCCACGGAUGACGGCCGGCUCCUCGCGACGCUCCGCGGGCACGCGGCAGAAAUAUGCGAUAUGGCCGUCAACUACGAGAACUCUCUCCUAGCCUCGGCUAGCUGCGACAAAAUCAUCAGAGUGUGGUGCCUUCGGACAUGUGCGCCCAUAACCGUGCUGCAAGCGCAUGCUGCUUCAAUCACAUCGAUUCAGUUCUGCCCUUCAGCCAGGGGUGCGACACGCUACCUAGCUUCGACAGGGGCAGAUGGCAUGGUGUGUUUCUGGAAGUGGCAUCCCGUCACCAUGAAAUUCAAUGAUCAGCCAGUUAAAUUUGUCGAGCGGUCACGUCCUGGAGUGCAGGUUUCUAGUUGCUCAUUCAGUGGUGGUGGCAUGUUCAUGGUUACGGGUGGAAGUGAUCAUAUGGUUAGGGUUUACUUCCUCGGUUCUGAAAACCCUAUGAAAGUCACUGAGUUGGAUGCUCAUACGGACAAGGUAGUGGUUGUCCAGUUUUGCAAUAAUAGUGACAGCCUCAGGUUUGUGAGUGGGAGUCGCGAUGGCACAGCAAGGAUUUGGCAUUACCAACAUCAAGAGUGGAAGAGCAUCGCUUUAGACAUGGCUGCCAGGCUCCCAGGGAGUUCUGUUGUCAGUGGUGAUGAUAAAACCAAACUGGUGGUGACAAUGGUGGCUUGGGACCGCCUAGAUCAUACCGUCUUCACAGCCGUGUCAAACUAUCAGCUAAAAGUGUGGAACUCCACCACGGGAGAGCUGCUGCACAUUUUAUCUGGUCAUGACGACGAGGUGUUUGUUUUGGAGGCGCAUCCGUUUGACUCUCGCAUCAUGUUGUCCGCGGGCCACGACGGUAAUGUUUACAUUUGGGAUCUCAACAAGGGAGUGAAGAUUCGCAAUUUCUUCAACAUGAUUGAAGGUCAAGGUCACGGUGCCAUUUACGACUGCAAGUUCUCAGCUGAUGGCCAGCAUUUUGCCUGCACCGACUCACACGCUCAUUUGCUCAUUUUUGGCUUUGGCUGUAGCACGCCGUAUGAGAAGAUUCCCGAACAGAUGUUCUUUCACACGGAUUACCGCCCUCUAAUCCGAGACGCCAAUAACUACGUCCUGGACGAGCAAACGCAGCAGGCCCCGCACCUCAUGCCUCCGCCCUUCCUCGUCGACGUCGACGGGAAUCCGCACCCUAUGCACUAUCAGCGCCUGGUACCGGGAAGGGAGAAUUGCAAGGACGAUCAGCUAAUACCUCAACUAGGAUACAUGACCAACAAUGAAGGAGAGUUGGUUGAGCAGGUUCUUGGCCAGCAAACUGCAGAAAAUGGCGAAAGCAUUCUGGACAACCUCAUCAGGGAGUUGCAGAACCAGCAGGAUGAGAAUCAGAAUGUGGAAAUCCAGGUUGAUGAAAUAGAAGGUGAGCCAGCACAAGCUGUAGCUUCUUCUCCAAAUGUGGGUCCUCGAAGAAGUGGACAAGUGGACGGCAUGUGGCAAAUGCAGAAUAGUGCCCUGCGUAGUCAAGUGGCCACAGAGAGAGACUUGUUGGCCUGGAGCCGCAGGGUGGUGGUCAAUGAAUUGCCACAAGGAAUGUUUACUGUUAUGGAGGAAACCAGACUAGCAAAAAGUGAUAAAGAAUGUUCUCUCUACAAUGCCGAGAGGAGAAAGAGACCAGUAAUUUGUUUACCUAAGGUGGAAACCCUGACCACACGCCUGCGCUGCUUGCGGCCUACAAAGAAAAAGCAGCAGCGUCACGCGUAUGAGACUCGCUCGGCACAAGUACGCCGUCCACGGAACCGUAGCGGUCAGGAACACGCCUCCAACAGCCACUCCGACAGUGAAAGAGAACAGGGAACAGAGCAGGGGGAAGCCAGCGGUGCAUCCUCUGAGAGUGAAGCUCAAUGGCAGAGUGAGAGCAGCUGCAGCGACUCCUCCAGCGAGUACUCUGAUUGGACCGCCGAUGCCGGGAUAAACCUGCAGCCCCCAAAGCGAUCCACCAGAAAGCCCGUCCAGCCCUCUGGUUACAGCAGCUCUGACGAGGAGGAAGACGAUGACAAGGCAAGGGACGAAAAGAAAAAGGAACGCGAAGAAAAGAAGAAAAAGCCCAAAGAGACCAAACAGAAACCCACAACGUCUCUGGGCGGACUUGACGCGGAGGCAUGGCUGCCACCUUCAUGGAUCAUGGAGACCAUCCCGCAUCGAUCACCGUUUGUCCCGCAAAUGGGCGAUGAGCUGGUCUACUUCAAACAGGGCCAUCAGGCCUACGUCCGAGCGGUCCGGCGGGCCAAAGCCUACACCAUCAACCCUCAGAAACAACCGUGGAAUAAACUCCAACUCAGGGACCAGGAAUCUGUGAAGGUCGUCGGAAUUAAGUAUGAAGUGGGACCGCCCACACUCUGCUGCUUAAAACUGGCUUUCCUAGAUCCAUUCUCAGGGAAGAUGACCAAUGACUCCUUCUCCUUAAAGUACCACGACAUGCCAGAUGUCAUAGAUUUUCUAGUACUGCAACAGUUCUACAAUGAGGCCAACAACCACAACUGGCAGCCGGGUAUGAGAUUCCGCAGCAUCAUUGAUGAUGCUUGGUGGUUCGGAUUGGUGGAAGACCAGGAACCUUUGCAGUUGGACUAUCCAGACAGUCUUUUUCAGUGUUUUGCAGUCAAGUGGGACAAUGGUGAGCAGGAGAAAUUGAGCCCUUGGGACAUGGAACCUAUUCCUGAAGAAGCUUUAUUACCCGACCAGGUGGGCGGCGGCGUCGCGGUGGCGGAGGAGGAGCUCGAAGCGCUUCUCUACAAGCCUCAGGAAGGCGAGUGGGGAGCGCAUACACGAGACGAAGAGUGCCAGAGAAUUGUCCGUGGCAUUGAUCAGCUGCUUACACUUGAUGUGGCAAAGCCGUUUGCUUCGCCUGUAAAUCUGGAACAGUACCCUCUGUACUGCACUGUGGUGGCCUACCCCACCGACAUCAGCACCAUUCACAAACGCUUGGAGAAUCAUUUUUACAGACGGAUCUCCGCGCUCAUGUGGGAGGUGCGCUACAUUGAACAUAACGCCCGCACGUUCAAUGAACCCCAGAGCCCCAUUGUCGCUGCGGCCAAAGUGGUGACGGACGUCCUCCUCCACUACAUCGGAGACCAAAGCUGCACAGACAUCUUGAAUCUUUAUCAUAAACUGAAAUAUGAGGUCAGCAGUGGAGAAGAUGAGGCAGUAGACGUUGAUGUGGACUCUGACACUCCGGGGACAUCAUCAGGACAUCGGGAACGCAAUUCAAAGCUACGCGGGGUGGUUUUGGACCCGAGAGCCUGGCGAGGCCAAUGUCGAGAGCUGCUCCGUAAAAUGAUCUCCUCGCACGAUUCUCAGCCAUUCAGGCAGCCCGUCGAUCUCUUCGAGUACCCGGACUACCGAGACAUCAUCGACACCCCAAUGGAUCUGGGUACCGUUUCGGAGACGCUGCUCGCCGGAAAUUACGAGAACCCGAUGGAGUUUGCCAAAGAUGUCCGCCUUAUUUUCAGCAACUCUAAAGCGUACACGCCAAACAAGAAAUCCCAGAUCUACACGAUGACCCUCAGCUUGUCGGCCUUUUUUGAAAAGCGCAUCAUCUCCAUCAUAUCCGACCACAAGUCGGCCAUUCAGAAUGAGCGACGGGCUCGUCAAAGGGAGAACUACAGGAACAGGUUGCACAACGGAGGCAGCUCCCCAACUGCGAGCUCCAAAAAGAAGCACAAGUCCGACAGGGAGUCUAAGUCCAGAAAAUCUCAGACCUCAGUGAAGAAUCACUCGACCACACGACAUAAAGCUCAGCAUAGCCGAAGUGUAGCACAAGAUGAGGACGAAGACGACGUCGGGGCUUCUUCUCCGAGUUCAGGGACAAGCUGCAAAAACAGAAACCAGCCUCGACAUCGCACGAAGCGCAGCCAAGCAACUCCGACCAAGAAGUCAGAACUGUGUGUAUCAGGAAUCUGGCCGCAGCGGAGAGGAAUAUCCGAGCAGCUCCACGGUGAAGGCGGCGCGCCUCAGUCCGACGACGACGACGAAUCGGGCUCCCGCAGCUCCUCGUCCGAGUCGUCCACCGAGUCCUCGCCGUCGUCCUCCUCCUCCUCUUCCUCCUCCUCCGACAGCGAAAGCGGUUCGGACGGCGAGGCGGAGAAGUACGUGGAGGGAGGAGAUCACGACUACAGCAAAGCCCCCAGCCUGUCGCUGCGGAUCUCUCUGAAGGAUAAGAUGAUCAUCACGGGGAAGAGAAAACACGAAGGAGGAGAGGACGCCAAAACCGUCAAAAAAGUAAGAGCGCCGCAGCCCGUGGAGGAGGACGAGGAAGAAGAAGAAGAGGAGGAGGAUGAGGAAGAGGAGGAGGAGGAAGAAGAAGAGGAGGAGGAGGAGGUCAAAUUAGAGAAGCCCAUUCAACUGGGAAAUAUGAGACUUGAAACGCAGGAGGAGGAUGAAGAAGAAGAAGAAGAGCUGGAAGAAGAAGAAGAAGAGGAAGAAGAAUCGGACGAGCAGGAGGAAGACGAGGAAAGCGAGUCGACGACUGCCCGCUACGAACCUCGCCGGGUGAACACUCGCCGUCAGGGACGGAGGACGGUCGCGUACCCGGACGAGUCGGACGACGACCUCAUCAACUUGGGAAGGUCGCGCUCGGGACGCGUACGCCGCAUGACGGAGAAAGCUCGCGUCAGCCACCUCAUGGGAUGGGGCCACUGAACCCCGGGAAAAACCACAACUACACUGCAGGGAUUGUACAGUUGUGUAAAUAAUAAAUAUCUGUAUAAAUGAGUUUUUUUUUUUUUUUUUUUAAACAACAACGGUGCUACCAAUAUGUUUAGUGUUUUUUUCCCCUUUUUCUCUGGACAAUAGCUGCGGGUCUUCUUCCUCACCUCGGCCUUAUUGCUCCGCUUUGUCACGCUCGUCCUGUGCUGCUCGUCUCGACACUGGCCACCAAAGAAAAACGGUGCUCUCCCACUUUCCUUUGGAUGAACCGUUUGCCCGUGGAUUCAAUAACUGCCUCACCGACUGUACAUACCAUGUCUUCCCUUUAUCGGCAUUGACUCAUCGACGGCCGGAGAAGUCUUAUCCGUCUCUGGCCGUCAAUGCCUAAAAAGGAACGGGACUUAAUUUGCACAUUUUUAUCUUCAUUUCACUUCUCCGUUUGCAUUCAACCAUCAUGAGUUGGAAACCAAACAAGUUUUUCUUCCUUUGUAAGAGAUGACCAAUGUGAGCAGCAGCGCUAACAGAUGUCUACAAAAUUAUUUUUUAGGAAGUAGAAGAAAUUGUCUGGCCCAUAUGCAUUUUAAUAGUUGACAAUGUAAUAAUGUGGAGGGGGAAGUCUUCUGUUUUUUUUUAUACAGUGUUCUGAUUGUUUUUAAUAAAAGAAAAAUUUCUUAAACUGGUCUUUUGUGA